GAAGAAGAAGAAGAAGAAGAAGAAGAAGAAGAAGAAGAAGAAAGAUGGGGCUACAAGGUCAGCUAAGUGACGUCUCUUCCGAUUCAAUCCCUCUUAUGCUCCUCUCUCUCCUCGCCGUCUUCAUCAACCAUCUCCGAUCUUUCCUCCUCCGUCUCACCUCUAAAUCAAAUCCUAAUCUCCCCGUAGACGAUGUCUCUAUAGCAUCGGGACUAGCCAACAUAAUCGUUCUCGCCGAUCAGCUUAGUUUGAAUCGGUUAUUCUCGUACCGGUGCGGUGACGGAGGUGGUGGCGGCUCCGAUUGUGUUGUGUGUUUGUCGAAGUUAAAGGAAGGUGAAGAGGUGAGGAAGCUGGAAUGUCGACACGUGUUCCACAAGAAGUGUUUGGAAGGAUGGCUUCAUCAAUUCAAUUUCACUUGUCCUCUUUGUAGAUCUGCUUUGGUUUCCGAUGAUUGCGUCUCUAAAACGCAGCGUAGCGUUGGGAGGGAUUUGAUCUCGUGUUUCUCUCUCCACUGAGUAAAAGAUCGGAAGAUGAAGAAGAUCCGAUGGUAUCUGAGAGAUCUACGGUGGCUGGCUGGUUCGGUUUGACCACGCGCGUGCGCCCCUUCUUUUCUCGGAUUUUUUUUGAGGUCUCUUUCUUCUGUGAGAGGAGAACCUUUUGUUUGUUUGGUUUUUUUUUUUACUUUUCGAUUUGGAAUAUGUAAAUUUUGAAUAUACAAAUUUUCACCGUUUGUAUCUUUGUUGUUCCUUGCUGUUGAGUAUAUAUAAAUGGAGAAGAUAUCAAUUCCAGUAUAAUUUGAAAAAUCUUGCAAACUCAAUUCAUCAACACUGUGAAUUUUGGUUAUGUUUUUGUUCCUGUGAAAAAGAUAAGAAAAGGAAUUGGUAGAUUUGUAGACGUAUCUGGCCUUGAUUACAACACCUCUCAGUAUGUAAUA